UUCACAACAAAUGCUUGUCCAUGUUGUCAGUCUCAGUUGCAUGCGCACGGCAUAACGCACUUGGUUGGGCGCAAUCUUUGAAAAUGACCGAUUUUAAGAAUCGCGCGUUGUGUAAUUUUGUUGAAGACAAUAAUGGUACGAUAUAUACAAAAUUGCGCAGGAUACCUUGGGCGUAAACUCUGAACACCGCGCGAUCUUUGUGUUUCAACCAGCAUAAUUUAUAUCGAUGUCCUAAUCGAUUAAUACUAAUAAUAGUAGAGUUUGUGUGCAGUACCGAACAGAUAAGAUAGACAGACCACCCGACACUUGUCAUGAAAUGUUAAUAUUAUGCUGUAUAAUAAUAGGGCAUUAUAUAAUUGUUACGUUUAAGUUAAUAUCCCAUGGUUAUCCUAAGGAAACUUAUCCUUUACAAAAAUUACAGUUAAUAAAAUAUAGUGUAAAAAAAAGUAAGUGCUUAUUUUUGUCACAAGGCAUGGGUGGGACAAAACUACACAGAUUGGUAGCUAGGAACAUGGAGAUAGAGGAAGGAGUCUACUCUAGGACGCUUAACCUUCGACGUGUCUUUGGUUGGUCCUCUGAUAAAUCUUGCAAUUGGGCAAAAACUUAAGAUCCAUUAAGGGAGAUGUUUCUCGCAUUAAGGACAUCAUAGCCUUAGAGUGAAUGGUAAAUUGCUGUGGAUGAAGUAAACGCAACUCUCAGUCAUGGAUGACAUUAAUGAUGAACCAGCUCCUUUGGAUAACCUUGAAGGUUUGGGAUCUUUAGGUGGAAGCAGCUUCCAGGACUCUAUGCUUGAAAGCUACUUGGUGUAUCGCCCUGAUCAUGAGAUUGAAGAAACAGUACCAGUAGUUCCCAUGGAAGGUGCGAUGGAUGCUUCAAAUUCUGACCCAUUGAGCAUGCUGGAAACCUUAGAGAACACGGCAGUCUCUGGUCUAGGGGAUAGUAUUUCAGGCUCUAUCGAUUUUGACAAUGACAGUAGAGUGUCGACAGUUCAUGCAGGACUACCCACUACUGGAACUCAGGAUUCAAAUAAAGGAUCAGAACCUGAUCUAGAUCUACUGGUUGAGAAACGGAUUAGAGAUAAUCCGCACCAAGGUGAUUCCUUGAAUACCAUGGAUCCAUAUGCUGAGAUACCUGAGCCUCAUAUGGAGCCUCCUGCUGUUGUUGGUCGCCCUCCGUCUUUCAGAAGUAGCAUUGCAAGCGGAGGAUGUCCAGUAUUCGAGCAAGAUUUGGACGCAGAGUCGACAGAUACCCCCAAGCCAGUCCCGAACUACAUGGCUGUCCGUCGCAGGCAACCUAAACCGUCUGCGGACACAGUGAUAAUGAAGAAGACUGAACUGGUUGCUAGUGGCAACACAAACCAGAGUAACCAGGGAUUUGAUGCCCUUGGCUACAUUGAAGAUGGCUACACCACCAUAAGUAAAUAUAGAACUGAGAAGGAGGAUGACCAAACACCCCCAGGGGCUACUCAACCUGCAGUCAUCCCUGGGAGUGAGGUUAAACCAGAGUCCACCGUUAACACAGCUCGGUACAGCGCUUGUAUGUCACCCUUUGAUAUAAACACCAGCAGACAAAAGGUCCUACAGGAUGAUAAGAUACGCUUUGGCACUUUGGAUCCGAGAAAGCUAGAAGAUGUUACUCCUUCUAAGAUGGUGAAUGGGCGCUUUGUCAAUCCAUGGGAAACGUGGAGGGAUCCAAAGUUGGCGAAUGUGAUACGGUGGGCCUGUAUGAGGAAACAGGGUACCAUCCCAUCCAAAAGUGUUCUUGAUGAACUGCUACCAGUGUUGACCCCUGACCCUCACAAGAUCCAUGCUGCUCCUCCCUCAGGUGUCAACAUAACAUGGAUUGGUCAUGCUAGCGUUAUGGUUCAGAUGGAUGGAAUCACCAUCCUCACUGAUCCAAUCUUUAGUGACUACUGCGGACCUGCAUCCUUAGUUGGUUACUACCGCUUCCGCCCGCCACCCUGUACAGUCAACCAGCUUCCUAAGAUCCAUGCCGUGGUCAUUAGCCAUUCUCACUAUGACCAUCUGGACUUGCCAACAGUCGUGGCGUUGAAUAACCGAUUUGGGAGCCACUUGAGAUGGUUUGUACCCUUGGGUCUAGCGGACUGGUUCACUCAAACCGGUGUGGAGAAUGUAAUUGAGCUUGAUUGGUGGCAGGAGAAUUGCAUCCCCGACCACAGUGAUGUGACAUUUGCCUUCACACCCAGCCAACAUUGGUCACAGAGGACGGCAUUUGACAAGCACAAGAGUCUGUGGGGAAGUUGGUCUAUCAUCGGACCCAACCAUAGUUUCUUCUUUGCCGGAGACACAGGGUACUGCAAGGGGUUUAAGGAGAUUGGUCAACGCUACGGACCAUUUGAUGUAGCUGCUAUACCCAUUGGGGCUUACAUACCAAGGUGGUUUCUAAGUCCACAGCAUGUGGAUCCAACUGAAGCCGUUCAGAUUCAUCUGGACAUACAAGCCAAGCAAUCACUUGGAAUACACUGGGGGACGUUUGAAUUAGGCAAAGAGCACUACCUGGCCCCAAAGGAAGAUCUCAAGAUAGCCUUAGAUAAGGCAGAAUUGACUGAUGAGGAUUUCUUUACCUUGAAGCAUGGAGAGACGAGACUUCUAUCAGCAGAGGAGGAUCCUUCCACAUCCUGAGUGCACUCUCAGAGACUC